UUGAAAGCCAUCGUUUCCGCACGCUCUAUAAAUCAACGACCCUCGAACUCGUGCCAACAUUCACGAGUGAUUGUGGAAUUUGGUAUCUUUCUCAGGCUCAGAAAGUCACAACUCACAAUUUUGAUUUGUAGCGGGGAGAUUGAUUGCGUCGUGUUUCUCUGCUAGGAAGCGGGUCAAAGAGGAAUGGGGAGUUUGGGAGCGAUGUUGAAGCAUCCGGACGAUGUGUAUCCGCUGAUAAAGCUGAAAAUGGCGGCGAGGCAGCUGGAGAAGCAGAUUCCCCCGCAGCCGCACUGGGGAUUCUGCUACAUCAUGCUCCGCAAGGUCUCUCGCAGCUUCGCUCUCGUCAUUCAGCAGCUUCCAAACGAGCUUCGCGACGCUGUGUGCAUUUUCUAUUUGGUUCUUAGAGCACUUGAUACUGUUGAGGAUGAUACAAGCAUUGCUUCAGAGGUUAAAGUACCUAUUUUGAUGGCUUUUCAUCGUCACAUAUAUGACCUUGAAUGGAAUUUUUCAUGUGGUACAAAGGACUAUAAAGUUCUCAUGGACCAAUUCCGUCAUGUUUCUACUGCUUUUCUAGAGCUUGGGAAGAACUAUCAGGAGGCAAUUGAGGACAUUACCAAGAGGAUGGGUGCAGGGAUGGCAAAAUUUAUAUGCAAGGAGGUGGAAACAGUCGAUGAUUAUGAUGAAUAUUGUCAUUAUGUUGCUGGGCUUGUUGGGUUAGGGUUGUCAAAACUUUUCCAUGCCUCAGGUAAAGAAGAUUUAGCUUCAGAUCAUAUCUCCAACUCAAUGGGUUUGUUCCUCCAGAAAACAAACAUCAUUAGAGAUUACCUUGAGGACAUUAAUGAGAUACCAAAGUCUCGAAUGUUUUGGCCCCGUCAAAUCUGGAGUAAAUAUGUCAAUAAACUUGAGGAUUUAAAAGAUGAGGAGAAUUCAGUCAAGGCAGUGCAGUGCCUGAAUGACAUGGUCACAAAUGCUUUAUCACAUGUAGAGGAUUGUUUGACUUACAUGUCUGCUUUGCGAGAUCCUUCCAUCUUUAGGUUUUGUGCUAUUCCACAGAUCAUGGCCAUCGGAACAUUAGCCAUGUGCUACAACAAUAUUGAAGUCUUCAGGGGUGUUGUAAAGAUGAGACGUGGUCUUACUGCUAAGGUCAUUGACCGGACCAAGACAAUGGCAGAUGUCUAUGGUGCUUUUUUUGACUUUUCUUGUAUGCUGAUGUCAAAGGUUGACUACAAUGAUCCUAGUGCAACCAAAACUGUGAAGAGGCUUGAAGCAAUUCUGAAGACUUGCAGGGAGUCUGGAACCUUGAAUAAGAGGCAAUCUUACAUUAUUAUGAGGAGGAGCAAGCCCAAUUACUCUCCAGCUUUGAUUGUCUUCUUUAUCAUUCUGGCUGUUCUUGUGUACCAUUUUGGAAACCAGCGUACUUUCGCAUGAAUGAUGUUAUUAGGAGAUUAAAAGGAAGUAUUAAGCUCACCUUUUCACUAUCCCUAUAAGCUUGCAGGAAACCAGCAGAAUAAAGAAGUGUGUUCUUUGGUUUCUAUUAGUAUUUUGGGUCAUAUUAUGAUGUAAAGCUCACAUGCUAGUUAUUACAGUACUUAUUACAACAUUAUAGUAGGUUUCUCGUUGUGCUGUGCUGUGCUGUCCAGAUGUUAUGUUAAAAUGACAAUACGAUAAAGGUGGUCUUUUUUCUUCAAAA